AUGCCUACCCAAAUUCCAGGACCACCCGGAGUUCCCCUCCUGGGUAAUAUAUUCGAUGUCAACCCCAAUGAGACGUGGAACUCGCUCAACAAGUUGGCCAAGCAAUUUGGCUCUAUCUUCAAGAUCAACGCUCUCGGCCAUGAGAUUGUCUUCAUCGGCAGCGUCGCUCUGCUGGAAGAGAUCUGUGACCAGACCCGGUUCCGCAAGUGUGUGACAGGUCCGGUGGUAGAAAUCAGAUAUGCUGUGCACGAUAGUUUAUUCACCGCAUACGAUUACGAGAAGAGUUGGGGUAUCGCCCAUCGAAUCAUGAUGCCUCAUCUCACGCAAUCCGCGACCGAUAACUUGUUCGGUGAUAUGGCGGAAGUCAUUCCGGACCUGACCAGGAAGUGGAGCGCAGGAACCAAGACACGCACCCUGCUCACUAAAGACCUGGACCGUCUCCUGCUGGCAUCUUGCAUGCAAUGUUUCUUCAACCAACGCGUGCACGUGCUUGAGGGCGCUGAGCCACCCAUGCUCAAUGCCAUGGACGGCGCCACCAUGGAGGCAAUGAAGCGACCCACCCGUCCCAAGCUACUGAACUGGCUUGUGUACCAACGCCGAUUCGAGAAAGAUACCAAGACCAUGCGCAAUUUCGCGGCACAGGUUAUCAAGACUCGCAAAGAGCAGCCAGAGACGGCCCGCAACGACAUCCUGGAUGCUAUGCUGAACGGAGCCGAUCCAGAGAGCGGCGAGAAGCUCACCGAGUCGCAGGUCAUCGAUGAAAUCAUCUCGAUCUUCAUCGGUGCCGCCACAGCACCCAACCUCGUCUCAUACGCCCUCUACUAUCUGAUGGAGAACCCGAGCACACUCGCCAAAGCACAGGAGGAGAUUGAUAGCAUUGUCGGCGACGACAACAUCGACCUCGAGCACCUGCAGAGCCUCCACUACGUCGAGGCCGUCCUACGCGAAUCCAUCCGUCUCUCUGCCACAGCACCAGGCUUCAACAUCGAGCCCAUCCCCUCCAACGAUAAGAGCCCUGUCCUCCUCGGCGGAGGCGAGUACCAGAUCGCCCACAACCAACCCAUGAUCGCAAUCUUGAGCCAGGUCAACCGCGACCCAGCUGUCUUCGAAGACCCCGAGGCCUUCAAGCCCGAGCGUGUCCUCGGCGAAAAGUGGGAUCAGCUUCCUGCUGCCGCGAAGAAGGGCUUCGGUAAUGGCAAGCGUGAGUGCAUUGGCAAGCUCUGGGCUUGGCGGUGGUCGUUCUUCACUCUCGCUAGCAUUAUCAAGGAUACUACCUUCGAGCUGGCAGAUCCCAAAUACAAGCUUGAGUCGAACGGUGCUUUCAGUAUCAAGCCGCUUGAGUUCUACGGUUUGGUGAGCGCCCGGAAGUAA